AUGGGGCCACCCCCGGGCCACCCGCGGCCACCCUGCGCUGUCCCCCGGGUGCUGGCGCUGCUCCUCAGCGUGGCAGGUGGACCACUCGCUGCGGCUUCUUUUUUUCUGCCUUUUUGUGUCGUUUGCGCUCCCCUCUCGCUUCCUCUGGAAACCAAAGGCGCUGAGGAGAGCGAGCCACAAGCGAGGCCCCUCUCGGUUCGUUCGUCACUUUGUCACCCUCCCCCCGGGUCCCUCGCGGCAUUCGGGGGCUCCGGGGGGCGGGAGGGACUCCUUGUCCCCCGCAGAAAUUGCCCCACGAGGGUCGCGGUACUCACAGGGAUUUUUGGGGACAUUCCCCGAGGUUUGGCCCCGUUUGGGGGAGUCCUGGGGGAGGAUUUGGGGGUCUCCAGCUCCCCCCUGUCCCGCCCAGGUGCUGCCCCCGCCCCGCCCCGGCCGGUGAGCGCCGUCCUGGGGGGCUCCGCGCUGCUUUCGCUGGAUUUGUCCCCAAAAGCGGCGGUGAAGGCGAUCGAGUGGACAUUUUCAAGUGGCACCGGUGCCACCAUCCUCGUGGCCGUUGUCGGUCCCGGGGGAUUCGAGCGCCCCGACCCCCAGGACCGUUUUGGGGAGCGGCUGGAGGUUGGCGAGACGGAGCUGAGGAUCCGGGACCUGAAAUGGGGCGAUAACGGCACCUUCCAAGGCCGAGUUAAAUUAAUCAAACCCGCCCUGGUGCACGAUCAAUCGUUCGAGCUCUCCCUCUACGGUGGGUGCAGAUCCUACAGAUCCCGCUGAUCCCGGUCCCGGGGGGAUUUUCACACCAGGAGCGGAUUUUGGGUCCCUCCGGGUCCGUCCCGAGCCCAUCCCACAC